AUAACUCCUAUGGGAGACUCGGAUAUGCCCCAGAGGAGUAGAGUUAGCUUUCUUUCAACCGAAAUGACAGAAGCUAAACAAAUUGGAGUUCGUGGACUGUCUUGCUAUGGAUUUCGUAUGAUCGAUGGAAGUUUUUUGUACGGACCAAUAGCUUUGUUUCCGAAGACAGCGCUGUCCUGGCGAGUUCACACUGCUGAUGACAUAAAACCACAAUCUCUCAGUUUGUUCGCAAUGUUAGAGCCAAAAAUUGAUAUCCUUGUCAUUGGCGCUGGUGAUAAAAAGAAUAUUGACAAGGUGAGAGCACGGAUCAUUGGUUUCCUGAACGAACAUCGCAUAGGUCUGGAAAUUUCUGAUACGGAGGACGCCAUAGCCACUUUCAAUUUCCUGAAUGCAGAAGGACGUUAUGUUGCCGCUGGGCUUUAUCCUCCUGACGAUAUGGUGGUAGCAGAUUACGAAUACGGCCGAGCGUUGAAUCUGUUGAAAGGAUGGGAUGAACUUGAUGAGAAUCCUUUACUUAUGGGUCUAAACGACACCUUUGAUCAAACAGGAGAUCUCAUCAAAAAGUUAUGGAGUGGAAAAGGAGACUUCGAAAAAAUUCGCCAAAGGGUAAGCCUAUUGUUACCUCCAGAGGAGCGAGAGGCUGCGUAUCGAGAAGAAUUGGAGCGGUUCAAGCAAAAGAAAUUGGCGGACAAGUCAGAGUCAUAA